GGAGCCCGCGCCUCUGUGCCUGCGGACGCUUCCCGAGCUCUCGGUUCUGCUACUGUCCACUGCCGUCUUGCCGCCCACCAUGGCCCUGCUGCACUCCAGCCGCGUCCUCUCCGGGGUGGCUGCCGUCUUUCACCCAGGCCUUGCGGCCGCAGCCUCUGCCAGAGCCAGCUCCUGGUGGGCCCAUGUAGAAAUGGGACCCCCAGAUCCCAUCCUGGGAGUUACUGAAGCCUUCAAGAGAGACACCAACAGCAAAAAGAUGAAUCUGGGAGUUGGUGCCUACCGAGAUGAUAACGGGAAGCCUUACGUGCUCCCCAGUGUCCGGAAGGCAGAGGCCCAGAUUGCUGCAAAGAAUUUGGACAAAGAAUACCUGCCUAUCGGGGGGCUGGCAGAAUUCUGUAAGGCUUCUGCAGCACUGGCCCUGGGGGAGAACAACGAAGUGCUAAAAAGUGGCCGGUUUGUCACCGUGCAGACUAUUUCUGGAACUGGAGCCUUAAGGAUCGGAGCCAGUUUUCUGCAAAGAUUCUUUAAGUUCAGCAGAGAUGUCUUUCUGCCCAAACCAUCCUGGGGAAAUCACACGCCCAUCUUCAGGGAUGCUGGCAUGCAGCUACAAGGUUAUCGAUACUAUGACCCCAAGACUUGUGGAUUUGACUUCUCAGGAGCCAUAGAAGACAUUUCAAAAAUCCCAGAGCAGAGUGUUCUCCUCCUGCAUGCCUGUGCUCACAACCCCACUGGCGUGGACCCUCGUCCAGAGCAGUGGAAGGAAAUCGCGGCAGUGGUCAAGAAAAAGAAUCUCUUUGCGUUCUUUGAUAUGGCCUACCAAGGCUUUGCCAGUGGUGAUGGUGACAAGGAUGCCUGGGCUGUGCGCUACUUCAUCGAGCAGGGCAUUAAUGUUUGCGUCUGCCAGUCAUAUGCCAAGAACAUGGGCCUAUAUGGUGAGCGUGUGGGAGCCUUCACUGUGAUCUGCAAAGAUACGGAUGAAGCCAAACGAGUGGAGUCGCAGCUGAAGAUCCUGAUCCGUCCCAUGUAUUCCAACCCCCCUCUCAAUGGUGCCCGGAUUGCAGCAACCAUUCUGACCUCCCCAGACUUGAGAAAGCAGUGGUUGCAAGAAGUGAAAGGCAUGGCCGACCGCAUCAUUAGCAUGAGGACCCAGUUGGUCUCCAACCUGAAGAAAGAGGGGUCCUCCCACAAUUGGCAGCACAUCACCGACCAGAUCGGCAUGUUCUGUUUCACUGGCCUAAAGCCUGAGCAGGUGGAGCGGCUAACCAAGGAAUUCUCAGUCUACAUGACAAAGGAUGGCCGCAUCUCUGUGGCAGGGGUCACCUCUGGCAAUGUGGGCUACCUUGCCCAUGCCAUUCACCAGGUCACCAAGUAAUUUCCAGGGUGCAAAGGAACAGAGACCACCUUUGCGCUCAUGAGAGUUCACGUGCAG